AUGAUCCGUCCACCGAAUCGUUGUGCUGUGUUUUGCACCGCAGAAAUUCCAGCUUCGGAAUUAGACUGCUUUCUUAGCAUAACUGAGGACCAUAAGCUCGGUACACCCGAAGUUUUUCAAAGAUCCGAUUUUAUUAUUGCUAAAUGGAUAGUGAUAAUGACCUCGGAAAACGUAUCUGAAAUCCCUCAUUUGUUGACUCAACCGGUUCAGCCGUUCCAAUCGCCAUUCCUUGGAAUGAGCUUUGAGGAGGUUGCUGCGUGGUACGACACCAACAUUAUUAAACCAAAAGUUCCUGGAUUUUGGGAAGGAGCUUUUAUUGUCUUGGACGAAGAAGCGCUCCAGGAGCAAAUAUGCACUGUCGUCAACAUGAAUAAAGGCCUCAAAAAUAUCGAGCUUCUGGGAUGCGAAUGGAUUCUUGGGCUGCAGAUGGCGGGCAUUUUUGACAUAUGUCAUCCUUUUCAAGAUGUAAUCGAAAAUUCAGGAAUGUACCUGGAAGGGAUGGAGGUUAAAGUCGAUGAGGUGUGGAAGGACUUCAAUGACUGGUGA